AUGGGCGGUGUUGUGUGGGGCCACUCCUUCACCGCUGCUGCUGCUGCUGCUGCGGGGCUGGAGCCCAAUCCGCUCACUAGAUCUCCAGCAACAGCAGGAGCAGCGGUCGGACCGGAGAAUGGUCGCUGUCCGCAGAACAUAGAUGUGCAAAGCCCCUGGAAUAUCCGAGCGCUGGAGAGGCCAGAAACAACAGCCGUGGAGGACAGCCUUCAUUUAAGCUUGAAAAGGGAAAGACCUGCGGUGAAGCCAUGGCGGUAGAAGAAGAAGGUCUUCGGGUUUUCCAGAGCGUAAAAAUAAAAAUAGGGGAAGCAAAAAACAUUCCUCCAUAUCCGGGACCGAACAGGAUGAGGGACUGCUACUGCACCGUCAACCUGGACCAAGAAGAGGUCUUCCGGACCAAGAUUGUGGAAAAGUCACUUUGUCCUUUCUACGGGGAGGAUUUCUACUGCGAGAUCCCGCGCAGCUUCAGACAUCUCUCCUUCUACAUUUUCGACAGGGACGUGUUCAGGAGGGAUUCCAGCAUUGGCAAAGUAGCUGUGAAGAAAGAGGACCUGCAAAAAUACCAUGGGAAAGACACCUGGUUCCAGCUGCAGCCUGUCAGCGCUGACUCAGAAGUGCAGGUCAGUACAGACAGAAAACAGAAUCAAGCUUUCCAAACACCAGGCUGUUUUUCCUCUUUGUUUUUUGUUUUUUUAUCAUAAAGAAUCCAUGGUUGCUUGUUUUUAUACUCGGAUGGAAAAGUAUGACAUGAAUUUGUAAAAUGUAUUCAAACCUAAACUUUUUACUUUUUUACUUUUUUUAAA